AUGGUCUCCUCCUUGGUGCUCGCCCUCGGUCUCGCCUCAUUCGCGCGUGCUUUGCCGCAAGGCAGCACCGCGACCGCCCCGCCCUCCAUCACCCUCUCCACGGUCGUGGCCAGCCCCAGUGCGCCCCUCUCAUCGGCACUUCCGUCCCAGGUCGCCUUGCCCCCCAAGCAAGCGUGGUGCCCCAGUGAGAUCUUUUGUGCGGGCGAGAUCCUUCAAACUGUCAAUGUUGCGCAGCUGUACGCGGACCCCAAGACGUUCGUGGACAAGCCCACGUCAAAGUCCUCGAAGGACGUUGUCGCCGCGUUUGACGCGAUCAGCAACACCAGCGCUACGGAGGGGGACCUGUCGAACUUCGUGAAUUCCAACUUCCGGGGAGAAGGCCUGGAGCUCGAGGCAGUCGCGCUCGCGAACUUCACCUCGCAGCCCUCUUUCCUCAACACGAUCGCCGACCCUCUUGUGAAGGCGUUCUCUUCAACCGUUCAUGGUUUCUGGUCUCAACUCAUCCGCAACACCAACGACUCUUCGCUAUGCCCGGAGGGAACCGAGAGCGGGUCGUGUGAGAGCUCACUUAUCCCACUCAACCAUUCGUUUGUGGUUCCCGGCGGUCGCUUCCGCGAGCAGUACUAUUGGGAUUCCUACUGGAUUGUCCUGGGUCUCAUUGAGUCGGAGUUGUUCUCCACCGUGAAUGACACGCUCCAAAACUUCAUGGACGAGCUUGAGAACUUCGGCUUCAUUCCGAACGGAGGGCGCAUAUACUACCUGAACCGGUCUCAACCGCCCCUCUUCAUUCGCAUGCUGUCGACCUACGUCUCUGCCAGCAACGACACAGCCAUUCUUCGGCGCGCCCUUCCUCUCGCCGAAGCAGAGCUGAAAUGGUGGGCAGACAACCGUACGACCAACAUCACGAGUCCUUUCACGAACAAGACGUACGCAAUGGCACGCUAUUCUGUCACGAACACUGCCCCUCGGCCUGAGUCGUACCUGACAGAUUAUCUCACUGUCAACGAUCCUGCACUUACGACACCUCUCACUGAGGACGAACGUUCAAACCUUUACGCCGAGCUGGCUUCUGGAGCGGAGUCGGGAUGGGAUUACUCGUCCCGCUGGACCAAGGAGCCUCUCGCCGGCACUGCCACCAACCAAAACCCGAUCCUCCGUUCGCUGAACAUCCGGAGCAUCGUUCCGGUGGAUCUCAACAGCAUCCUCUAUAACGCACACUUGCUCCUCGCCGAUCUCUACGACCAGCAGGGCAACUCCGACGCCGCCAAGACGCACCGGGCAACUGCGGAGCCGAUCCGUGAGGGCGUGCUUGACCUCAACUGGGACGCGUCGAAACUCGCCUUCUACGAUUUCAACACCACAUCCAACGCUCGUAGCGAGAUCUUCUCGGCGGCCACUUUCUACCCUCUUUGGAACUCAAUCGUACCUGACGAGCUUCUGGCAUCAAGCGACAAGGCGUUCGGGUUCUUUUCUUCGCUGAACAUGGUCAUGAACCGGUACAACGGAACCUUCCCUGUGACGUUCAUCGAGACUAGCCUGCAGUGGGAUGCUCCCAACGCGUGGCCGCCUCACCAGUACAUUGUUCUCCAGGCCCUCCGCGCACUUCCUUCGAACGUCACUUCCGGCUCUCUUCCCACCCCGAGCAACGGCCAGUCGACCUACAGUCUGAUCCCCUCCGGCCAGAUCGGAAUCGCCGAAAACGCGCUUCCCGUUCAGGCCCUCAGCCCCACUGUCAAUGCGAGCGCGACAGGAUCGAACGCCGAUAUCAGUCGCCUCGACGGCACGGUCGUCAACGGAGGCAAGAAGACCGACGGCGAAGGCUGGGCGAGCGCGCUGCAGCGCGAACUCGCGAACCGGUACCUCGCGAGCGCGCUGUGCAGCUGGCACGCGACCGGGGGUUCGAUCCCGGACCUCCUUCCCCGCCUGUCCGACAAGGAGCUCAACGUGACGCAGAGCGUGACGAACACAGGGAACAUGUUCGAGAAGUUCUCGAUGAACGACAUCGACUCCGCUGGCCGCGGCGGCGAGUACACCGUCCAGGCCGGGUUCGGGUGGACGAACGGCGCGGUGCUCUGGGUCGCGAGCGUGUACGGCGACGUGCUCGUCGCGCCGCAGUGCCCCGACCUGCUCGAGCAGGUGGGCACGACGACGACGACGCCGUCGAAGGGCGCUGCCGCAGCUGGUGCUCGGGCGUUGUCUUCUCUCGUCAUGGGUGGGCUCACCUUCGCGGCCUGGGCCCUUUUGGGGUGA